AUGCCAAUCUUUUUGGAGAGGGUCAGUCCCCAGUUUGUCUUGGUACUAGGCAUCAUGCGGACCCAAGAACAAGCAUAGAAACCACCCAGGACCAGGCAGGUCAUCCCCAUCCAUAACAAACUCCAUAAAAUUCACCCAAAGCAUCCAGAUCACUUUUCUCCAGAACAAUAAGUGAGGAAACCCCAUCAGACAGCCACGAUGCUAUCACAUUCUGCCAUGGUCAAAGAGAGGAAGCAGCAAGCAUCCGCCAUCAUGAAGGAAAUCCAGAGAAAUGAAUCACCUGUAAUGGACCUUGGGAAAAAGGUCAGCAUCCCCAGAGACAUCAUGCUGGAAGAACUCUCACUGCUUAGUAACAGAGGAGCAAGGCUAUUUAAGAUGCGUCAAAGGAGAUCCGACAAGUACACCUAUGAGAACCUUCACUUUUUAUCUAGCAAGCCCAGAAAUCGCAGCGAGGUCAUGCAGUGUGUUCAGUUGGACACUAGCAGCAUGGAAGCCGGCCAGCAGCAUGCACCAAUGACACCUCCUAAUACACCCGAUCCACGGAGUCCCCCAAACCCUGAAAACAUUGCCCCAGGUUAUUCUGGACCAUUGAAGACAAUUCCUCCCGAGAAGUUCAACACGACAUCUGUGCCAAAAUACUAUCAAUCACCUUGGAUAGAAGCCAUUAGCAACGACCCAGAGCUGUUGGAGGCUUUAUAUCCCAAACUCUUUAAGCCAGAAGCAGUGCCUGAGCUGCCUAAUUUUAAGAGCUUUAACAGAGUUGCCACUCCUUUUGGUGGUUUUGAGAGAGCGUCGAAACUGGUUAAGUUCAAGGUCCCGGAUUUCAACUUUCUGCUGCUAAAUGAUCCGCGAUUCAUGGUCCUUGCCAAUCCUCUUUCUACCAGGCGGUCCUUCAACCGGACUCCUAAAGGAUGGACCUCUGAGAAUGUUCCUAUAAUGAUAACUAUACAGCCUACACAGGCCAACGGCGUACCAGAAACAGAUGAUCUGUGAAAAUCUGUUUACAUCAUACAUCAGAAUCACUGUGGUGAUAUUCUGAUAUUUUAGCAUAGGCUACUUCCGUUCCAGCAUCCUCUUUUAUGUAGCUGCAAGAUAACAACAUCUGAUGUGGUAAUUGUUUUCUGGACUUUUAUUUUCUUCCACCAAUCUAAGACAAAUAAAAUAACUUGGCCAUUACUCCCCAAAACA